ACGUCCGUGAGACCAAAAUCUCUGUCGCUACAGGUGUAGUGUAUUAAAAUACUCCUUAGGAAUGUGCUACUUAGGGUGCACUGAGCGUGCUCGGUACAUCUGCUGAAGCCACUGCCCUUCACCUUGUCCUUAUUAGUCGAAAGUUUCUGCGGACUACUUUUGAGAGGGGUUAAAACGUGACAAAAGGGGCGAAUCGGAGGAGGGGGUGACCAGGGAGGGUCUGAACAGGGGGUGAAAAUUUACUGGUCUGGUGGGUCAAACAGCUGGAGGCAACAUUAGGGGAGGGGCUAAAGGGCAAAAUCAGGAAGGGGGGGGAGGCGGAGUUAAGCCCAGGAGUGAGGUGGUGUCAGAGGGCAAGACCCUGGUACAAGCAGGGGCAGAGGGGGUAGCAGUUACCCCAGUGGCACUGAGACAACAGUGCUUUGUAAACUGGAGAGCAGUGGGUUAAAAGCAGAUGCAGCAGAAGGAAAAACGGAAGUUCUUUCUUUAUCGAGGAAAAAAAGCCCAGCUCUGAGAUCGCUGCUCAGCCAUUCCUCCUACACUGAAGACGGGGUCCCAGUCCCAUUCAGUACCUGCACAUGCUGCCUUUCCGCUAGCUGAAUUGCAGCUGCAACCCUUCCGCUAGUGUUUGUAUGCGCAGUGACAGGAUUAAACCACAGAGCUCAUACGCCUUUGUAGAGAGGACCAGGAACUACUGCAAGGGGGGAAAUUAAUAUCAAAGGAACUUCCUGUCCCCAACUCUUUGCCCUCCUCACUUGUAACUUAGCCCACUGCAGCAAUUGUGCAUUAGAGUUGCGUGGUUGAAUCCGUUUCCAAAGAAGCAUCGGCCCCAAACAAGGAGGUUUCUCUGGUCCCACAUGCUGCCAGCCCAGCGAGGAGGCAGGCAACCCAGCUCCUUCUCCAGCUGUUCCCAGGCCUGGGAAGAUAAUGAUCCAAACAGCGGACCAAAAUUCAAUGAUGAAUCCUGGUCACGUGCCCCCUGUGGGACAUUACACAUAUGCUAAGAAGACUCAUUACAGCCAUCUCCAUUGGAGCCAGGAGAGGGAGAGAGAACAAGCAGUAACUACUGGGAGCUUUAGGAAUAGGAACUGGGACCCAUUACAGGACUUCAGCCUGCAGGAAGCACCUUUUGCGAGUGAAUUUCACUUGGACCAAUAAAGCCAUCUAGAUUUGUUUAAAUAGUUCAUCUCCAGAGUGUGAGAUGCAAGCCUACAAAUCAUGAAACCAUUACAAAAGGUAUGCGCAGCAGGAAAUGGUUAGUGGAGCUGAUCCUGACUAUGGGAUGCUAAAGAUGAAUGUUUUUCACCAAGCAUACAAGUGAGAUGCAGAACUGAGACAACUAGAGCAUAGCCCCAAGCUGGAGUAACCUCACAAAGACAGACCAGACAUGCAGCAGUGAGUAACUGCAUCUACGUGCCUUCAGUUACAGACACUGACAAACUGAGUGGUGCAAUCUGAAGUAAAGAUGGAGGAGCAAGACGUAUUCAGCCAUCGACCAGCAGCGGAAACAGAGCAAGCAGAAAAUGCACCCACACUAUCCCUAUCUGGGACAGUUGACUCCAGUAAUGAUAGGGAAGCCACUCGGCAACAGUACAGCAUCAGCAUGGAGAAGCACUGCAGACACUUUAGACAGUUCUGCUAUCAGGAAGCAGAAGGACCCCAAGAGGUUUACAGCCGACUCUGUGAACUUUCCCAUCUGUGGCUGCAGCCGGGUCUCCAUACAAAGGAGCAGAUCAUCGAGCUGCUGGUUCUUGAGCAAUUCCUGACCAUCUCGCCUGAGGGAAUCCAGACAUGGGCCCAGAGAUUUCAUCCAGAAACAGGUAAUGAGGUUGUUGCCCUUGUAGAGGAUUUCCAGCUAAUUCAUCAGGAGAUUGGGAAAUGUGGGGAAUACCUGUUUCAGGUUCCAGUGACACUGAAAGACGUGGCUGUGUAUUUCACCAAGAAGGACUGGGGUCGUCUGGACAAAAGGCAGAGGGAGUUCUACACGAAUGUCAUGCAGAAGAAUUUGAAGUCUUCUCUCUGGGAUUUGAGACUCCAAAACCUGAUGUGAACUCUCAGAUAGAAACGAGGAAGAGCCUUGCAUCUCAGAUUGUCAGGAUGCCAGAGAAAGGGUAAUACCAAGAGAAGCCG